AUGGACCUUCUCGACGCUGUCGUCCGUGGCGACGUGGCGACCGUCGCUGCCCUUCUGCAGAGCGGCGCCGAUGCCAACAGCCGCAACAACAUUGGAUCGCCGGCGCUCUGCGUCGCAGCGAUCGAAGGACACGUCGCCGUGGCCGAGCUGCUACUUGCCGCAGGCGCCGCCGUCGACGACGAGCUCCACAUGAACCACGAGACAGCGCUGACGAUCGCGGCGCGCGGAGGUCCCGUCGCGCUUGUCCACCUGCUCUUGGGUCAUGGCGCUGAUGUCAACCAUGGCAACGGGAUGGGCACGGCGCUGCAUGCCGCGAUCAGCGUGGGCGACGUCGCCAUUGUCGACGAGCUCCUCGCCGCCGGCGCCAACGUCCACGCCGUCGACACCGACCGCCAUCGGUCGCCCCUCUUGGUCGCAGCAGACAAGGGGAUUGUAGCGAUGGCCGCUCGGCUGCUCGACAAUGGCGCGAUGCUCUCGGACGUCGACAAGGACGGGUUUGGAGCCGUCUAUUUCGCAGCGCAGGAAGGCCACGUCGACAUGAUUCGCUUCCUUGUCGUCCGCGGCGCCGACCCGAACGUCCUGUCGCACGCGGGCUACACACCGUUGUACACGGCGAGCGGCUGUGGGCGCGUCGAUGCCGUCGCGACGUUACUCGACGUCGGCGCCGACGUCAACUUGCCACAGGCAAACCACUGCUUGAUUGCAGCGGCGGCGUACGGCGACCUCCGCACUGUCUCGUUGCUCCUCGACGCAGGGGCACAUGUAAACGCAGCCGACGCAAAGGGCGUCACCGCCCUCAUCGCAGCGGCCAUCACCGGCCACGCCGAUGUCGCGCGGCAGCUGGCAUAUGCCCGCGCCAAGCUCGACGUGUCAACCUGUGAUGAGCAGACGCCCGUGAUGCUGGCUCGAGCGCACGGGCAUGCCAAUGUCCUGUCUGCCCUACAGGAUGUACGCACCAAAAAAAUGAAGCUAUUGCAUGCGGCCCGGCACGGCGACGUCGGCACCGUUCGUGCGCUCUUUGCCGAAGGCCUGAGUGCCAACGAGACGGACGAGCAUGGCAAUACGCUACUGCAUUUGGCAACGCUCGGCCGGCACGAAGCGCUUGUCGCGGCGCUUCUACAAGACCCAACUGUCGAGCUGGACCAGAUCAACAAGUUUGGGGAGUCGCCUCGAGCUAUUGCUGCCAAGCUCGGGUUGUCCUCGCUGCUUUUGCAGCUACAUGCAGCGCAAGUCGGCAAGAUGUCCCCGAUGGCUCACGAAGUGGCGGCUCGCUCGACGGUGCACCUCCAAGAGCUCGGCCGUGGUGGCUACGGCAUCGUCUUCAAGGACACGCUAUUGGGCCAAGACGUCGCUCUCAAGAUGCUUGUGAACAGCAGCAGCAAGGCCAAGAACCUCCGCUACGAGAUCGAAAUUCUCAAAAACAACCCGUCGCCGUACCUUGUGCGGCUACUUGCGACGGCGGAUGCCGCCUCGGAUGCGACGCAGCUCUUCUUUGAGUACAUGGACGGCGGCAACCUCACGUCGUACCUCGAGAUGCUGGCCAACGACGAACCUGUGCCCGUGGUAUACACGCCCAUUGAGAUUCUCUGGGUCGUUGCCAACGCUCUUCACGACCUCCAUGCGAAGAACGUCGUCCAUCGGGAUAUCAAGACCGACAACAUCCUCCUCUCAUCCAAACACUACAUCAAGGUGGGCGACGUCGGUAUCGCCAAAAAAGAGUCGAAGUACAUGACGACGGGGGCUGGCACCAACAAGUGGCGCGCGCCCGAAGUGCUAACGUCCGGAAGUCGCUACGGCACACCCGCCGACAUUUACUCGUUUGGGAUUCUCCUCCAGACGCUGUACCCUAACCCUACCGAUCCAAGCACCGAGUGGGCCCAAGCUCUCGCAGCGGACUGCACGGCGGUGGAUCCAACGCGGCGUCCAACGGCGGCCAAGCUCAUCAGCAUUUUGCUGCCCAAGCUCCAGUCACAGCCCGAUCUCGUGGCGUCGCUCCCAGCCUUUGAGAAGGAUCGGGCGGCGGGUCCUCGACUCCUCGAGACACUGGUUCCGCAAAUGCAAUCAAGCCCGGUGCAGAUGAACGAGCCGGUGUUUGCCCCCAUCCGACUGGGGCGGUCGGGCGCACCACUCAGCCCAGAAGAAGAGCUGCACUCCGCUGUGCAAGCCGGCGACUUUGGUGCAGCCCGCUCAUUGCUCGAGCGAGGCGUGCACCCCGAUUGCGCCGGCGUGACGCGGGAAACGCCGCUUAUGCUCGCGGUGCGCUUUGGUCACGUGUACCUCGUGGAGCUGCUCCUCCAGUACGGAGCGAACGUCAACGUCGCUUCCAUCGUGCGGAUGACGGCGCUGCACGAAGCUGCGCGACAGAGCUCCCCGAAUAUGCUUCGCAGGCUCUUGCGCGUCCCAACCAUAGCUGUUGACCCGCUCAGUCGCGCGAGCGAGACGCCGCUGCACAUGGCGGUUGCCGCCGGGCAAUCGAUGCAUGCGAUGCUUCUUUGGGACGCAGGCGCCGACUUGGAAGCCGCUGACACGGAUGGCAACCGACCGUUGCACUACGCCGCCAUCAUCGGCGAUGAAGCCACGGUCGCUGUGCUGUUGCGACUGGGUGCGCAGACGGCGGCGCGCAACGGCGGAGGUGAGAUGCCAUUGCACAGUGCGAUUUUGCGCCAACAUGGCCGUGUCGCGACGCGUCUUGUCGAGGCCGGCGUCGAUACCACCGCUCUCUACAAAGGACAGAGUCCGCUGCACCUUGCGUGCGAGUACGGCGUCGCCGACGUCGUUCCGGCCUUGCUAGUGCACGGCGUGAACGUCAACGCCAAACAUGAUGGCGUGUCACCGCUGUACAUGGCCAUCGUUGACGGCCACACGAGCGUGGUUGCCGCACUCAUCGCCGCGCAAGGCAUUGAUCUUCACGAGCGAGACGAGAAUGGCGCGACGCUCGUGCACGUUGCGGCCCGGAAGGGCUACGUCGACAUGGUGGCGACGUUGCUGCAGGCUGGUGUCGACUACGAUCUACCCGAGACGACGGGACUACGAGCCCUCGAUGUGUUUGCGUGGAAGGACAAUGACGCGAUGGUGGAGGUCUUCCGCUCCGCUUACCAACAUCGACGGGCAUUGCUGCAGGCCGUGCACCAAGCCGACGUAGCGCGUCUGUCCGACCUUUUGCAAGCGCGGUACAGCUGCAACGUCGUCGACGCGGUUGGGUGCUCUCUGGUGCAUUUGGCGGUCGCCGCACGCAACGAAGUGGUCCUUGACGCGCUCCUCGCGAGGCCGGACGUCCGCUGCGGUACCCGCAACCACAUGCACCAGACGCCGCUGGCGAUCGCGAUCGAGUGGGGCGACGCGUCCAUGGCGACCAAGCUCUUUGAUCGCACGGCCCGCGCGGUGGUCGAGAUAGCAGCGUCCGAGUAUGACGUGACCACGGCCGAGCUUGGUGUUGGCGGCUACGGCACUGUCCUCCUUGGCUCUUACUUGGGCGAGAAGGUAGCUGUCAAGAAGUUUAGACACACGUACCACCGCACGUCGUUUGCAGCUGAAGUCGAUGCUCUCCUCAAGUGUCGGUCCCCGUACCUUGUACAGCUCGUUGCGAUCGCUGGCCAAGGCUCCGAGACGCCAGCGCUGCUCUUUGAGUACAUGGACGGUGGCAACCUGCGCACGCACCUCGAGCAAAAGCGCUGGCACCAGCGGACGGUGGUGCAUGUGACCAACCUCCGCGUGGCCUGGGUCGUUGCGAAUGCCUUGCGCGAUCUGCACGCAGCAAAGUUGGUGCACCGCGAUGUCAAGAGCGAGAAUGUCCUUCUCAGUACGAGCGGCGGGAUCCGGCUUGGCGACCUCGGCCUGACGCGGCUCGAAGCCACCGACAUGACCGAAGCGCCUGGUACUCGGUACUGGAUGGCGCCCGAGAUUCUACAAGCAGAAGGGGCCGUCUACGGUUGUCCCGCUGAUAUCUACGCGUUCGGCGUGCUCCUCACGGAGCUAGCCACAUGUCAACUGCCGUACUUUGACCACGACGUCCAAGACCCGAUCGCAUUUGCGCGCGGUGUCAUCAACGGCACCCUUCGCCCGACGCUGACGACCGAAUGCGAGCCGUGGUUGCAACGGCUAGUGACGCGGUGCCUGCGUGGUGACCCCACCGCGCGGCCGACAGCCGACCAAAUUGUGGCGAUCUUGCAGGAUGAAAUGACUGCAACAGCCGCCGGCAUGAGCGUGGCUGAGACGUACAUGCGUGCGGUGGCCAAGGACGACGCCAACCUCGUGGCGCAGAUGCUGAGCUCCAGCCUCUCGCUACGCACGCUUCUUCCGGGUGCUUUGUCGCUGCUGCAUGCCGCAGCGGCCGCAGGAGCCACCGACACGGUGCAGCUGCUCCUGGCUCGCGGCGCCGAUGUCAACGACGCGACAAGAGGCCGCACACCGCUGCACGAAGCAGCUCGUCGACGGUUCAAGCAUGUUCUGCGCCUCCUUAUCGAUGCGGGCGCCGACGUCGACGCCCAAGAUCACGAAGGCAAGACACCGCUCGUGUGUGCCCUUGGCGCAGCUAGUCUUUCGUGCAUCACGCAGCUGCUUGCAACCGGGGCCGACGUGCGUCAGCCUGCAAUGGAUGGCAUCACGCCGCUGAAGAUCGUCCACGCGAAUAAAUUUCUCGUCGAUGUACUGCCGCUGCUCACGGCCGCUGCGUCGCCAGAAACUUCCGGAAUGCCCACGAUAUUCUGUGGGGCGUGUGGCAACUGGCACCUUGUCGAAGCCAAGUGCGCUAUCUGUAACUAUAAUGCGCCGUCGAUAGACCGCCAACGGGCAGUGAUCCGGCGCCUCGUGCGGCUGCACCACCGGAGUCGUCCCGUCAACUGGCUGCGGACCUGCACCGCGUGCCAUGAGACGAGUAUGACGAUCGUCGACGACCGUUGCCCGCAGUGCGCCCAUACGCCAAAGGACGCGAAUCCACUCCGACGCCUUUACGUCCGGCUCAAGCUAGCGCUUCGAUCGACCGCAACGUGUGCGGUUCCGCGCAUGCUCUCGGAGAUUCCAAAGAGCGUUCUGCGCUGGUUGACGCACGCGCCACCGCAAAACACGCAGCCGCUGUCGCCGGACGUCGCAUUUCUCAAGUACGACCUCUUGCGAUACGAGCAAAUGUAUCCGGCCGACGCUGACCCCGAGCGCGUCACGGACCUCGUCACGUCACUGGUUAACUCGAGCACCGCGAUCGAUCGGUCGCUGUGGGCCAGCGCCACGCUGGCGGGGCAAAGCAUGCUGGUCCGAGCGUCGAGUCCCCUCGUCGCCGACCCCGUGCCCACGCUGCCAGUCGCGUGUCUCCUUGCGCCGGGUGUUGUCUUGACGGUGCAUGGCCAGGACCUCGUGCAUCGUCUCAUCAGCAACGAGAGCUACCUCGAGGCCAUUGCCAGAUGCCCUUCGCCAUUUCUCGAGAGUAUUGUGGCGGUCGCACGACCCGCCAGUGUCCUUGUCCUUGCGCCCACGGGCUUGAGCCUCGCCGACUGGAUGCGCGACUCGGGCGACGUAGUUGCCGCAGCUCGGAUGCGAGUGCCGAUCGCCAUCUGUGUUGCCAAGGCCCUCGCAGAUGUCCACGCCCACGGUCUCGUUCACGGGUAUCUCACGAGUCAUAACGUCUACUGGACUGCGGCGCGGGGCAUUCGAGUCAGUAUCCCGGGUGCAUCGGCAACCAACGAGGCGCUGCUGGCGUGGACGGCCCCCGAGGUGCUCGCGGGUGACACGCCGCCGUCAUUCGCCGCCGACAUGUAUGCGUUUGGCGUUCUCCUAACUGAGCUCGACACGUUUUCGCUGGCGUGCAAAGACGACGAUGCGAGUGCGAUACCAACGACGGACGUUGCGGGUGUCCGACCAGCGCUACGUGACGACUGUGACGUGUGGAUCCGGUCGCUAGGUCACCAGUGCCUGCAGGCGGACCCGCGUCGUCGCCCCGCAGCUGCUGAAGUCGUCGAGCAGCUGCACCGGCGCUUUGGCGACGAUUUACGCGAGGUCUAA